GAAAUAAAAGGUGACACGUGUUUACGUGAUCUAAAAUUGAUUCAGCUUCCCGCUAUUUUCUUUUUAAGUUUCGUCGAUUUUUUAAUAGGAUAAAUAUUUUUUUAUUGUGUAUUGUAUAGUUCAACAUGGAUCAAUAUUUUAAAAGUUAUGAGGAACUGGAUGUGCAUCGUUUAAUGCUUAAUGAUACAUCCAGAACUUUAGCAUAUAAAAAUGCUAUACUUAAUUAUACAGAUAAAUUCAAAGACAAAAUAGUUAUUGACGUUGGUGCUGGGACAGGUAUAUUGUCUAUUUUUUGUGCUCAAGCUGGUGCGAAAACAGUAUAUGCAAUAGAAGCCAGUGAAUUGGCCAAAAUGUGCAAGGAAGUAAUUAUCGAAAAUAAUUUAGGAAAUGUUAUUAAAGUGAUCCAUAGUAAGAUCGAAGAUCUUGAUUCAAAUGUUAUUCAAAAAGCAGACAUAAUAGUCUCAGAAUGGAUGGGAUUUUAUUUAGUACAUGAAGGAAUGUUAGAAUCUUUAUUAUUUGCAAGAGACAAUUUUUUACUAGAAGGAGGAAUUUUAUUUCCAUCAGUAGCUAAAUUAUAUGCUUCUCCUUGUCAAUUGUCAUCCAUGUUCCAAUUUUGGGAUAACAUUUGUGGAGUCAGUAUGAAAUGUAUAGGAAAACAUUAUCGAGAGACUAAAUCAAUGAAACCAGAAAUAGCAUCAAUAAACGAGGAUGAUAUUUUAGCAGAUAGUAAAUUAAUAGCAUGGUUAGAUUUGCAAAGUAUUAGUUUAUCAGAAAUAAAUACUUUGGGCAAUGAAGAAUAUGUAUGCAUUUGUAAUAAGGAAGGAAUACUACAAGGAAUUUGUAUCUGGUUCUCGGUUGAAUUUCCAGAUGGUUCAGAAUUAUCUACAGGACCAUUAGAUAAAUCAACACAUUGGAAGCAAACUAUAAUUGUACUACCUGUGGAUGUAAAAGUAGAAAAAGAUGAACCUGUGGCUUUUAAUUUAGAAUUAAAAAAGGAUAUCUCAGAAGAAAGAAAAUAUAAUAUAAAAUUAAUAUUGUUAGAUGCUACUGAAGUUGAACAUGAAAUUCCAUGUUAUUGUUAUAUGACUAAGUGUAUUGUAACAAGAAAAUAUUUAGAAGAACAAUCAAAUGAUACCACAAAAGACUGAAAUUGUUUACAUACGAGAUGAUUAUACAAUGUACAAGUUCUAUUAUAAAAUUUUUUUUUUUUAUUAUUUAUAUUGCUAAUAUAACAGAAUAUUGUAUAAACAUACGAUAUGUAUUAAUUGUAAAUAACUGAGAAUGAAUAGAUAGAACAAUAUAUAUGACAGUGAAAAUAAU